GGCGACUGCAGCGCCGCCGCUGCUGUCAUGAUUGCUUGCAACUAGACCAUUGUCUAGUACACUCUGCUCGCAACACUCCGCCGCCGCCAUUGCUCUCACCUCCCCCUUCUAGCCACCGUGCUGAACCCGACGGUGAUCGAGUGGGAGCUCCGGCACUUGCAUGCGCGGAAGAGGCAGACCAAUGCAGGAAAACGAUCCCGUUCAACCGCCUGCUGUAGGACCUGCAGUGUGCCAGGAACCAGACGUCGCAGCACAAGGAGAGCAAGUGGACGCUCCACCGCCAGCAGCACCAGGCCAGCCCGCCGGUCCCCUUGACGUGCCCGUUCAAGAGGCACCCAUCAACGCCGAAAUGGCCCAGCAGCAGCAUCAAGGUGCAUUUCACGCCAACGUCCCUCCUAUCCCCGAAGGGCAAGAAGCGAACCUUGCCCUAGUGGGCCAUGCCUGCAUCAGGCCGGUGAUUCAGGCGGCAUUCAAGGCCCGCACCUCGACAGACGGCCUGUUUGCUCGAAAGGUGGCCCGUAACAAUAUGUAGACAAUUUUAUACCAAGCCUCUCAAUAAACACCAAUUACUCAGUGUUUGCACUUGA